AUGAUAGAUAUAAUGCUUAAGAUGUUUUUAGGAAAAUAUUUCGAAUCUUGUGACCAUAAUUUUAUAACCAUGAAUAUGAAUGCAGGAAUUGAGAUUAGAAAUAUAAUAAUAAAAAACGAUGAAAUUAAUAAUUUUUUAAAAAGCAAAAAUAUAGAUAUAGAAAUAGUUUAUUUGAAAAUAGAAAAAAUUAAUAUAAGUUUUAAAACAUUGUCAGGAAUAUUAACUCUAAAAUUACAAGGUGUAGACUUAAGAGUUAAAUCAAAUAUUCAUAGAAAUACAACUAAAGGAAUUAAAAAUAAGAUUAAAAAAUUUUUAAAUACAAAUCAAGGUGACAAUAUAAAAUUAUAUUCUCCAUAUGACACACAGAAUAUCCAUUAUGAAAGUGUAAAACUAGAGAAUGAAGUAUUAUGUUGUUAUUGUGAUAAAUACAAGAAUGUUGAAAAUAGUUUAAGUUGUUACAAUAAUUAUAACAAUAUAAAAAAAUAUAUAUGUAAUGAAUGCUCAAUUUUGAAAAAUAAAAAUAACAAAAAUAAUUUAAGGUUAAUUCAGAAACAAACUUUUUUAAAAAAUAAAUCUUCAAAAUAUUAUAACAGAAAUGAUAUAUAUUUGGCAAAUAUCCCGUAUAUUAAUGUGAUUGACAUUAAUAAUAUAGAUAGAAGUUCAUAUGGAGAAAAAAUUAAUUCAAACUGUUUGAACUUCAAUCAUUCAAAAAAUUUUAAAUAUUAUAAUGGAAAUUCUCAAUUAAAUAAUAAAAAGGAAAUAAAACGUGAUACACAUACUUUUAAAAAUAGUAAUAGUAAUUUAAAAAAAGAUAAAAAUUUAAGUAAAUGCGAGCUUUUUUUAGAAAGUUCAAAUGAUAUAAAAAGCACAUCCAAAUAUGAUUUAAAUCAAAUAAAUGAUUAUAAUUGUACAAAUAAAUUAAAUGAAAAUAUUUGCCUAGACAUACAUAAACAAGAAGAAGGUAAUAUAAAUACAUUAUGUGAAUUAAGUAAAAGAAGUUCUCAUAAUUUUUGCAAGAUUAAAAAUAAAUGUUUAAGUAAUAGUGAUGUAUUCAAAAACAUAUAUUUAAGUGAUAACAACAAAUUACAUUAUGCAAAUAGCUUAAAUGAAAAUAAAAGUUUGAAUAUUACUAAAAAUUAUGAUGAGAUACAACAAUAUCCAUAUAAUUAUAUAGAAAAAAAAAAUAAUGAAUUAAAAAAUUAUGAAAAAGAAAUUGGUGAGAUUGAUAAAAACGGUAAAAUUUACAAGAAAAAUAAUAUGAGUCAUCCUAUUUUAUACAAAAACAAUAUUGUAUCAGAGAACAAAAAAGUACAAAAAUUAAAUUUCGAAAAUAUAUUAAGACAAAAUGAAUUAUUAGGAAAUAUUUUAAACAAAAAAUUUUGUUAUAUAAAUAAAAUAAAUGAAAAAUUAAAUAAUAUGAAAAUAAAUAAAGAAAUUCCUACAAAUGUCAUGUAUAACAAAACAAAUGAAGAAAAAUGUUCUUAUAAUGUUAAAAAUAAAUACAAUUUGUUAUAUAGUUAUAAUGAUAUAUAUAAUAAUAAAGAUAACAAAAUAAAAAUAGACAAUAUUUUUAACUUCAAAUAA